AUGUCCUUCUACAAUCAUCACCUCCUUUUACUAGGCUUUCUGGGUCUUUGCAGUAUUUCAAGCCUUGUGCUCAGUCAGAACCACACGCUGAUAUUUUCCAAAGACAACAACAUCCGGAAUUGCAGCUGCUCCUCCAACAUCCAUAACUGCGAUUACAACCUGGCCAACCUGGAAUGCAGCUGUAAGACUGUCCUCCCGAAGAACAAGACCGGAUCUAGGCUGAGCUACAGUGGCAACCUAACCAUCUGGUUCUCUGAUACGUCCACUCUAGGCAAGCUGGUGAACUUCACUUUUGUUCAAAACCUAAAACUUUCACUUUGCGGCACUACAGUCCUGCCCACAGAUUACCUGGCCAUUUUGGGACUCCGGCACCUAAGGGUGCAAGCAGAAGCCAUGGCAGAGCAAAGUGUAAUCAUUUACAGUAGCAGUGAUCAGAAGGUCAAGGAUGGACCUUGUCCCACAUCCAGAGACAAUCAGUCACAAUUACAUAUUUCCUAUCUGGACACGUCUGUCUUUAAUGGGCUUCCCCUGAUAAAAUCAUACAGCGUGGAGAACAUCUCCAGUGUUUUGGAACAUUUCCCAAACUUGCCUUUGUCUAAUGUGAUCACCACCACAGAUACAAGUUACGUUGUGACAUUAAUCUACUGA